UGUAAGGUGUUGGCUAAGUGGUCUGUCAGUAGUAUUUUCAGUCUUAUGACCCUAAAUCUACAUGGUCUGUGUUACCUUGGACUCCCCUCCGCAUGCCCUAUUCAUGUGUGGAAUCUCAUUGUUGGUGUGGACAUCAAUUCAAGCUGGUGUUUUUAAGGCCAGAGGGAGGCUCCUACUUCAUUAGAGCUGUUUUUUGAGGGCUGGCUGUAGUACAAGCACAACAUCUGCAGCUGUGAAAAGGCAGAUUGAGUCUGAAGACAGUCUGAAAAAAAUGGCACCUGCUUCACUGACAAUUUGGUGUCUCCUCACAAUUUGGACCCUUAUCCCAGCUGUGCAUCUCGAGGAAGAAGAGCUUAAUGAAACUGUCAUAUGUACCAACAAGCAGAUACAAGUGAUGAUACCAAGUGCUUUUUUUCUCAGCAAGGACCCACCUGUUUAUAUAUGGGAUUUGCACCUAAAUGACCCAGAGUGUCGUGGUGUUGAGAUUGGGGAUGAUUAUGUCUUCACUAUAAAGACUAAUCUUACAGAUUGUGGCACCAUCAUGGCAUCUGAUGAGACUUACAUCAUGUUCACCAACACCAUUCACAAUAAUGAAUCAGACCUCAUCACUAGAAGCUAUGUCAAUAUUACAUUUGGCUGUCGCUACCCAGUAAACUACAUGGUCCGGCAGCCUAACGGAGAUAAUAUGAUCCGAGUGGAUGUCAGGACGAUCACUUUGGACACAGAAGAUGGAAAUUUCUCAGUGUCCAUGCUGCUUUAUAAAGAUGAAGACUUUGUGGACAAAUGGACCACUGUUCCAUCUUUAAUGCUUGACGACAACAUCUAUGUGAAAGUUUUCAUGAUACCAGCUAAUCUCAUGCUCCGAGUGGAGAGAUGCUGGGCCACACCAAACCAUGACCCAUACAGCAACAUCCAGUACACUUUCAUUAAGAACAGUUGUCCAGUGCUGACUAAUGACCAGACGCUAGCUGUGAUGAAGAAUGGACGAGGCCCGGAGUCUCUAUUCAGGAUCCAAAUGUUUAAGUUUGUCGGCAGCUCUUACACAGACAUCUUCCUCCACUGUAACGUCCAGAUCUGCCACAGCAGUGCAGGAGCAUGCCAGCCUAACUGCACCACUGAGGACACAUCAGCACGUACGCGCAGAGACGUUGCUCUGUCCCACACUGUGUCCUAUGGACCAAUAAAAAGACGUGAGGUUCACUCUAACAAAAGUACUCUGAAUGAACAUUCACCCCCAGUGGAAACCUUUGUGCUUGGAGGUCUGUUGGUGGUUCUUCUGCUCAUCACCGGCGUGUUUGGAAGACUGUGGCUCAAAAGCAGACGGUCUUAUCCUACCCAAGAGGCCCAACUCACCCUGUCCAACAUCCACCACAUUUUAGAGGUGGCCAGCUAAGCUAGAGUCAACAAGUAAAUACUUCUCUUACACACAGAUAUAAAUGAAGUAUAUAUUCUGUACAGAGAGUAUUAAAACUAUAGUAUAUUGUUUUAAUGAAGUACAAAUAAAUAGG